AGGGGUCUGGUGUAUUUAGCGACCACUUUAAGUUUGCAGUGUAUGCAGUGAGAUGCUUUGGAUGUUAUUGGUGUGAAUCAUCUCUCUUGUAUAGCUGGCUUAAAUAUGCACACACCACAGCUAGCAGUCCUAGACAUUACCCUGCACAUGUCACUUUUUGUUUCCUGUUUUGGGCCUACAUUCUUGUUGAGAUAUUUUUGUAUUUUUUUUCAUGUACUCUUCCUCAUUUGACAUGGUGUGCUUGUCAGAAGCUUGAGAGCAUUUCAAACUCUUAUUGGCGUCAUCACCUGGACAUUUAAGACUUCUCUGUCCAAUGGAAACUUGGGAUGACAGAAGGGUGAAUCAUUCCUCUCAGUUCAAGGCUCCACUUCCCUGUUACAAGAAACCAAUGAGAUUUCAUCACAAAGGAACUUGGUAUCAGUAAACAAAGCAUACCUCUUGCUCUCCGAGUUCUGGGAGGUAGAUCUGCUGUGGUGGUUAAAGUAUUUUGUGUAAUGAUGAUGUGUCACUGGUUGUUCCAGCAUGUGAAUCUCGUUCCUUGGUGUUUUUUGUUCCCUGUUGCUUGUCCUUUCAGAGGACGGUCUGCGUAGAUAAGCCGACUGUACAGAUUUUCAGAUAAAAUGUGCAGAUUAACAGAAGGAUUUUUGUAAAUCCACGUCUACUGCAGUAGGUAUAAAGAUAAAGUGCAAUGUGCGGUCUAUUUGAAUUAAAAUGCCUCUGUUGUAAGAAUUGUUUGCUAGUGGAAUCCAUUCAUAUGAAAACAUUUUGCAUUUAAAUUACAGAUUGUGGCACGUUUGCAUUUUUGCUGUGGGGGAUGGGGAUUGACUCUUUUGGUGUCACCCUCGACACCAAAAGCCAUCAUUCUGAAUGGAGCUGUAAUGGCCUUACAUUCACACCGAGGUGUUGGUAAAUGUGUGGGAGGGGUAUUUAAAAUAGUCUGGGAGGAGCUGCCUUUAAGUUUAACUUCUCUUGCUUCUGUUCGCUAAUCAGUUUACCCCCUGCCAGCCCGGAGGACUGCUGUUAAAUCUCUAGAGCUCCAGUAUGUCCAAGCGGCGUUUGUCGGAGAGAGGGGCUGGAGAGUCAUCAGGCAGGGCCAGCAAACUGCAAUGUCCUGGGAUAUCCGGUAGUAACGCCAAGAGAGCCGGGCCCUUCAUCCUUGGGCCUCGCCUGGGCAACUCACCAGUGCCCAGCAUAGUGCAGUGUCUGGCCCGAAAAGACGGUACAGAUGACUUCUAUCAGCUCAAAAUCCUGACGCUGGAGGAGCGAGUGGAUUCUGCGGGUGAGACUCAGGAGGAGAGGCAGGGGAAGAUGCUGUUGCACACAGAGUAUUCCCUCCUGUCUCUACUGCACAACCAGGAUGGGGUCGUCCACCACCAUGGCCUCUUUCAGGACCGAGCCUAUGAAAUUGUAGAGGACAUGGAGGCUAACAAAGUGCGCAAGAUGAAGAAGCGGAUCUGCCUGGUGCUGGACUGUCUAUGUGCUCAUGACUUUAGUGACAAGACGGCAGAUCUAAUAAACCUCCAGCAUUACGUUAUAAAAGAGAAGCGGCUAAGCGAGCGCGAGGCCAUUGUCAUCUUCUACGAUGUGGUGCGUGUGGUGGAGGCCCUUCAUAAGAAAAACAUUGUGCACAGAGACCUAAAGCUGGGAAAUAUGGUGCUGAACAAACGGACUCACCGAAUCACUAUUACCAACUUCUGCCUGGGAAAACACCUGGUGAGUGAAGACGACCUGCUGAAAGACCAGAGAGGAAGCCCAGCCUACAUUAGCCCUGAUGUAUUAAGUGGUCGGCCGUACCGUGGGAAACCCAGCGACAUGUGGGCUCUUGGUGUGGUCCUCUUCACAAUGCUAUAUGGCCAGUUUCCCUUUUAUGACAGCAUACCUCAAGAGCUCUUCCGCAAAAUCAAGGCUGCAGAGUACUCCAUCCCAGAGGACGGCCGUGUGUCAGAGAACACAGUGUGCCUGAUCCGAAAGCUGCUGGUGCUGGAUCCUCAGCAGAGGCUGACUGCAGGAGAGGUGCUGGAGUCGCUCAGUGCCAUCAUUGCCUCAUGGCAAUCUGUUUCAUCAUUGAGUGGCCCUCUGCAGGUGGUGCCAGAUAUUGAUGACCAGAUCAAUCACCCAGAACAUCUGCAAGAGGCCAAGGUGAUAGAAGAGUCGUCGCAGUACGAGUUUGAGAACUACAUGCGGCAGCAGCUGCUGUUGGCUGAAGAGAAGAACACUAUCCAUGAGGCCAAGAGCUUUCUCACCAAGCGACAGUUUGGCAGCAUUCCACCCGUGAGGCGUCUGGGCCACGACGCCCAGCCCGUCAGCCCGCUGGACGCUGCCAUCCUGGCACAACGUUUCCUCCGGAAGUAGUCUCCAGCCACCCCCCAUCCUAGCCGCUCUGGUCUCCUCAGGGAGUUAAGGACACCUGUGGAGUCCAGAGAGGACAGAGGAGAAGCUGAACUUGAAUAUCCCACCCCCCUCCCCCGAACCAGGGACACAGGUGCCCUGAAUCCCAAAGGUGGGCUUUUGGGGCAAGCUAGUUGGAGCAGGUCAUGAGGAGGGCACAAGAACAAACUGCCAAACCAGAACUUGACUCCUCAUUCCUGGAUCCUCUAGUGAAACAUGGAAAGGCCUGGAGGAGGAUAUGAACCAAAGGUUCUUUGCCCUCAGGUCACCCACAAGUCAGAUCACACUGUGCAAUUAAACCUGAUGGCACAGUCUCACAAGUGGGCUAACACAAGGCUCUGCCUCAAGUGUUGAAGAGACAAUUUAAUCCCAUAUCCCUCCUCCUCCUCCUCUUGCUCCACCUCCAGGGUCCCCAUACUGUAACACUUUACCCAUCAACUCUGGAUCUCCUGAGCAAUACAGGACCAGAAUCAUGUAGCAACCCAUUUCUCUUCCCAGUGGUUAAUGUUAUUGCCUCAAGUAAGAUCACCAGAUCACAACAAUCACCUCUCUAUACCUCCAUCCCACCCUCUUCUUUCCACUCCUUCCUCUCUUCUGUUUUGAUCUAGAGUCCGACUUCAGAAUCAAUCUACCUCUCUGUCUCUCUUCUCUGUUGGUAAACCAUGCUCACUGUUCUGAGACAAGGGAUUGUAACAAUGGAGUCUUGAUGCUACCAGUGAUAUAAAGCAUUAAUGUUUUCCGUCAGAGUGACGGUGCUCUGAAACCUUUUUUUUCUUUUUUUCUUCUUUCUUUUUUUAAAACAGUGGUUUCGAAAAAAAUCUGAAUAAGCUUUUUUAUCAAAUUACCAUAAUACGUAGCAUUUUAUCCCUAACCUUGCUUUAAAGAUAUCGGAUAUCAAAGUACAAACAUUCUUUGAUAUUUACAGAAUGCAUUGUCUCCUGCUUUUGCUUUUGCCCCUGUGGAAAAUAACUCUUUUUUUAGCAUCUAGGCAGCUAGUGUGAGGUACCUGGAAGUCACAAUGCCAAGAACUGAAUGGGGGGGGGGAAGAAACUGUCGGCUCCUCGCUGCCAAGGCAAGUUAAUGGUAACGCUUCCUCAGUGCCAUUAUAGUGAAGAUUAGGCACGGUCAUGUCUCUGUUGCCAAAAAGAAACAUGUCUUAAAAUGACUCUCAGCCAAGGAAACUGGUACCCACAGUAAUCCUCAUUCAGAAUCACAUGACUUCCAGGGAUUCCAUCUUCCCUGUUUCUCAACAUCAUCAAGACACAUUU